AUGAUUGAUCCAGCUGGGCAGAUCCAGCUGGGAGGACGGGGCUUGGGAAUCUGUACCUUCUCAGGGCUGCCCAGGAUCCCUGGGCACGUCCAGGUUGGGGAAUGGGCAGGUUGGAUGACUGUGGCAGUAAGUCUAGACCUAGGUGUGGAGCAGAAGGAGCCUUGGAAAGUGCCAGGCACUGUCCUCAGCCCUCAUCCCUUCAACGGCCCUCCAAGUUGCCUCCGAGGAAAGUGCUGGAAGGGAACCUCAGCUGUAGUUAAUGAUUACCGGUGGGCGGCUCCUUCUCGGCCGCGCUCCCGCCUCGGGGCGGCCCGAGCGUGGCCCCGCCCGACGGCUUCCCAGAGCGCCAGGCGUCGCGCUAGUGGACCCCGCCGCCACCUGCUGCUGCUGCUGCCCGCCCCCGCGUCCGGCAUGGCUGGCAAAGCACACAGGCUGAGUGCUGAGGAAAGGGACCAGCUGCUGCCAAACCUGCGGGCCGUGGGGUGGAACGAGCUGGAAGGCCGGGAUGCCAUCUUCAAGCAGUUCCAUUUCAAAGACUUUAAUCGGGCUUUUGGCUUCAUGACAAGAGUGGCCCUGCAGGCUGAGAAAUUGGACCACCAUCCCGAAUGGUUUAACGUGUAUAACAAGGUCCACAUCACCCUGAGCACUCACGAGUGUGCGGGCCUUUCAGAACGGGACGUAAACCUGGCCAGCUUCAUCGAGCAAGUAGCGGUGUCCAUGACGUAGACCCUGCCCUCUGUCAGCUCUUCCGGGGAAGGGUGGGGGCACUGAACUGGGAUCCAGAAAGGGAGCUGGGGGAGCCCCGAGAUGCUACUCUAGUCAAAACUGCCGAAUCGACCCUGCUGCCUCUUUAGGGGCAAGUCCUUGCUGUUGGAAGGCCAAUGUCACUGCUAAGACCAGGAACUUAGACCGAUUUUACCCCACAUCACUUUCAUCUUCCUUGAGGCUCUGUGAUGUGUACGCUGAUUUGAAUAACCUCUUCUCUUUCAUUACAACUCUCCAGCAAAAAUAAUGACUUUAUUUCCAAGCUGUGUCUUGCUCCCUUUCUAAUUCACUUCCCAAAAAGCUGUGAUAAAAGCUGUGUCUAAGAUAAACAGUCUUAUCUUAGAAGCUAGGACCCUAGGGCCAUCUUUAUCCUAUGUGACAGAAACCCAUGCACUUUUAUGCCUAAAAUAAAACUGUUGUUUCACUUGG